AUGGACAAGAUCUCCGACACCAAAAUGAGUGUCGAUGCUCAUCCGGAUGGAGAAAAGAUGGACACGAAAGAGGGCACGGUCUUUGUUUCUCAGCCCACGUCUGCUCUGGAUGGCAGACAAUCAAUGUACUCGGAUUCUACCAUCACCUUUGAGAACUAUGCCUACUGGGCUAAGCGAUCGCGCGAGGUUGAGAAGAACAUUUCAACUGACGAUGCGGGCUUUGCACACUGGAGAAAGAGGCUUUUUAGUAAGCCCGAUGCUCCAGUACAGAGAAGCUCUGCCGUGGCUGAGUCCAGCGCCAAACAGACUAGCAACACGAAUAGUGAUAGCACAGCCGAUAGUUGGGGCAUCACUGAGACAGAAUGGGAGCAGGCACAACGGGCUGGGCGAACUGCAACCUGGGGUUCAAUCUUCUAUCUGAUUACUACCGACAUCCUGGGACCGACCAAUGUCCCCUGGGCGAUCAGUCAGAUGGGCUAUGGACCAGGUGCUGUAUUGUACACCGUUUUCGGGGGCCUGGCUUGUUACUCCGGCAUGCAGCUGUGGAGGAUCUUCGUCGGCCUCGACUCAACUCGAUUCCCGAUGCGAAAUUAUGGCGAUGUAGCUUUCCGUGUCUAUGGAAACCGGGCGCGAAUUUUCGUGAACGUCCUACAAAGCUUCCAGUUCUUCCUCAAUGUGGCCCUGCUCAUUGUAAGCAACGGACAAGGACUGGCGCAGAUGGCCGUUGGUGCCAACGGCAACGGGUUCCUGUGUUUCAUCGCGGCUGAAGUGAUCUUCGUGGUCAUCGGCUUUGUCCUCGGACAGAUCCGUACCCUGCAACGUCUUUCUUACCUGGCCAACAUCGCGAUCUGGUUAAAUAUAAUUGUCGUUAUUAUGACCAUGGCCGUGGUUUACCAGUAUCCCCCGAACUAUGCAGCCUCGUUGACUAGCUAUGGUACUCCAAAGGGACCUGUGAAAACAGCCGGCUACUGGCCUGAGAGCUCAACCCUCAGGGACAAAGUCAAUGCCAUGAUGAACGCUGUUUUUGCCUACGGAGGUGCAACUCUCUUCAACGAGCUCAUGGCUGAGAUGAGACGGCCAUAUGACUUCUGGAAAGGCUUUAUCCUUGCCGAGAUAUUCAUCUACGUGUGCUACCUUCUCUCGGGCAUGGUUGUGUAUAGUGCACAGGGCCAAUUUACAUUCAACCCCGCUUACCAAGGUAUUCCAAAUUCCGCCUACAAAUUCCAGACUUUAGGCAACGCCAUCUCAUUCAUCACCGGCGUCAUCGCAGCUCUGCUAUACGGGAACAUUGGUAUCAAAGUCUUCUACAACGUUGUGCUGCGCGAUGUCUUCCAUCUCCCCGACUUGAACAGCCGAACUGGCAAGUUCAUAUGGAUUGGGCUCGCACCUGCCUACUGGGCUCUCGCAUGGGUGUUUGCCGCCGCAAUCCCGCAGAUCAGCAACCUAGCAUCAUUUGUGGGAGCCGCUUGUAUCUUGCAGUUCUCUUUCACGUUCCCACCACUGUUGCUGGUUGGAUUCAACAUUCAAAAUGAUGCGAUACUCCCCGAAGAGGAGUUCAAUCCGUCAACUGGCCAAGCACAGCGCUUGGACAGUGGAAUGAAGCGAUGGAUUAGAGGUUACAAGAAGAAGUUUGUGUGGAAUACCUUUGAUAUACUCUACGCGAUCGGCGCGUUGGGGGCUGCUGGAUUGGGAAUUUGGGCUUCAGUUACUUCCAUGCACACGCAGUUCCAAGCGGGUAGUCUGACCCCUUUCACUUGUGCGAACCCGGCUGGAUAA